AUGAUAUUUUCAGAAGUUCUAGCGGAGUCAUACGUAGAGCUUCUCGAAUUGUACAUUUCAGCCAUGAAUUCUAUCUCCAAUUCUUCUGCUUUGACGAUGUCGAAACCUGAAGAAAAAAAUUCAAGCAAAAUUAUUCGUCCAAAAUCACCAUCCUCUUCGAAAGCGUCGUUUUGUGACUACACGCGGAUGUUGAUUCAGAACUACCCGAAUUUCAAGAGGAGCUCCGAACCGGCCCGGUUUUUGUACUAUGACAACGGAUCCUGGGUCGAUUACUCGGAAGAAGUGGUGGAGCUGUUGAAACUGGGUUUUUUGGGGGGCAGACCGGUGAUAGAGGGGGGAAUUAAUGGGUAUAAAUGUCUUUUUGACUUCUACAGGAUGCUCGAGCUUGAAUUGGAUACUGGGAAUCAACGGUCAAUUGCUUGGAUUGAUGUUAAUGGUAAGUGCUUUUUCCCCAUGGUUUUUAUUGAUGGCAAUCGAAAUAAUACUCUCAAGAAUUGCGAUGAGAAUAAUGUUAAAGUAGAAAUUGAAAUAAGAGUUAGCGAAAAUUUUGGGAAUUUAGAGGAUUCGAAUUGUUUGGAUUUGAAUAAAUUCGAAAUUUUGAAUAAGAGAAAGAGAGAGUGUUUGGAACGUAUAGAAAAGGAAAAAGUUGAAGGGAAUUCAUCCAAUUUUAAUGAUGCGAAAAGGCGGCAAAUAGUUGGCAAUGAAUUUCAGUCAUCGAGGUGGCCUAAUGUGAGAAUACUGAGAGGAGAGGAAAAGGGACACUUAAUAGUGAAGAAUUUGUUCUUAUCGGGGUUGGGGAUGUUGAAUCACGGUGCUAAAAUUACUUCGAUUCAUCAAUGCGUGAGGACUGGUCCAUUGGACAAGGCACGCCAUGCAAUGUUUCUGAAGCAGAUGGACAUGACAAAAAUUGCCAGAGGGGAUAGUAAAACGGUUUUUGCAUGGUAUGGAACCUCGGCCAAGGGUGUGGAGAGUAUUUUGAAACAUGGUUUUGGUAUGCCUGGCAAAGCUCCUGGUCCUCAAGGUCAUGGCAAUGGGAUACACUUGUCUCCUAUACAAUCACCCCAUUAUAGUGCAAUGUUGUCGGAGACAGAUGAGAAUGGUGAGAAGCAUAUAAUUCUUUGUCGCUUGAUAUUGGGAAAAUGCGAGAAGGUUGAAGCAGGGUCUCAGCAGUUGCAUCCUUCGAGUGCGGAGUAUGAUUCUGGUGUGGAUGAUUUGAAGAAUCCCAAGUUGUAUGUAGUCUGGUUUGCCAACAUGAAUACCCACAUUCUUCCCGAGUGCGUUAUCAGUUAUACACCUAUAAAUCUGUCAGAUCGAGUGAAUGGAAUGUUGAAUGUGAAUUGGGUUCCUCAUGUUUCAAAUUCCUUGAUUGCGAAGUUAUUUUCAAAUCUGAAAAGUUCUCUACCUAUCCCUAAAAUUCAAGAAUUGCAAACGUUGUGCAGUGCUUAUAAGGAGGGGGAAAUGGGGAAGGAUAUUUUCAUGACAAAAUUAAGAUCUAUUGUUGGAGAUGAUGUAUUGCAGUCUGCUAUCAACGAUAUUCGUGGUUGA